AUGUCUACCGACGAGAAGUCGCCAAAGGACUUCGUGAGCUCGGCCUCGUCCGACCACGAUGGCUCCUCCGGAUCCGUUGACGCAGCGUGGAAGUUCCUCAACGACCAUCGCGAAGCCGGCGGUGAUACGAGCUCCGUCGACCUCAAUGCGCUCCGACGAAAGAUUGACUGGCGCAUCGUGCCCCUCAUGUUUGGCUGUUACACGAUGCAAUUCCUGGACAAGGUCAUUCUCAACUACGCAGCUGUCAUGGGUCUUAGCAAGGACCUCAAGCUGGUCGGAAACGACUUCUCCAACAUCGCCACGUUCCUAUUUGUUGGUUUGCUGUGCUUCGAGAUCCCCAACAUCUACUUUCUCCAGAUGGUUCCCGCGGCGAAAUGGCUGGGCCUCAAUGUCAUCCUCUGGGGUACUGCGACCGCGUGCGGCGCCGCUGCUCACAACUACACGUCUCUGCUCGUCUCGCGUAUCUUCCUGGGUAUAUUCGAGGCGACGAUCGGUCCAUCCCUGAUGCUCAUCAGCUCCCAGUGGUACACCAAGUCCGAACAGGCCCCGCGCUUCUCGUUCUGGUACCUGGGUCUGGGCCUGGGCCAGAUUUUGGGAGGCGCCAUCUCCUACGGCUUCCAACACAUUGCUCCUGGCGCUGGUCUCGCCGGAUGGCGCAUCAUGUUCAUCGUCCUCGGAUGCCUUACCGUCACCAUUGGUCUGGCCACUCUUCUCUUGGUCCCCGACACUCCGAUGAAGGCCCGCUGGUUGAGCGACACCGAGAAGGUUGCUCUUCUGAAGCACGUCAGUGUCAACCAGACCGGUAUUGAGAGCCGCAAGUUCCGUCCCAAGCAGAUUCUCGAGGCCCUCAUGGACCCCCAGAUGUACCUGAUGACCCUUGCCGUUGUCCUCCUUUCCGUCUCCAGCGGUGUUGUCACCACCUACUCGGCCACACUUAUUCGCAACCUGGGCUACGACUCCAAGCGCGCCGCCCUGAUGAACAUGCCUUCCGGUGUUGUGAGCAUCUUCUUUACGCUUCUCGUCGGAUACGGCAUCCGCUACCAGUCGAACCGUUGGGCGUGGAUCGUUGCCUGCAUCAUCCCAGCUAUCAUUGGUGGCGCUCUGAUGUCUUUCCUCCCCGUGAGCAACCGUUCUGGGUGCUUGGCUGGUAUUUACCUGGUCAACGCCGUCGUUGCUCCCCUGACUGUCUUCUACGCCUGGACCGCCGCCAACUUUGGCGGUGCUACCAAGCGAGCCUUUGCCGCGGCAAUCGUCAGCGGGUCAUUUUCUCUCGGCAACAUCAUCGGCCCCCAGACGUUCCAGGCCCGCGACGCCCCCGAUUACCGCCCGGCGAAGAUCGCCGUCAUGGGCACUCAGGCAGGCUGUGCUCUUGUGACAUUGGUUCUGUACGCAUACUACCGAUGGGAGAACAAGAGACGCGGUGCCAAGCAGCAGACUGAAGAGGCUUUCAUGGCCCCUGAGGUGUGGGCUUCUAUGACGGACAAGGAGAACAAGCAGUUCCGCUACACCUACUAG